CAAAUUCUUUAUAAAAUGCAAAGAGACGAAGAAUAGAUUAAGAUUAACAAAGAUGAUCAUUAAACACAAGCCGAAUUUAUAGAUUCCUCUUUGAGCAGUAGAUUAGGAUUCAUAUAAAAAGUUCGUUUUUACAUUUUUUUAUGAUAGGUGUAUUCCAUCCUAAGCUUCCAAUUAUUUUAUACAGCUGCAUUUACAAUAUUAUCAUUGAGUUUACCAGCUAUGAGAGAAUUUGAAGCAACUUAAGUUUGGCUUUUAGUGUUAGCUUCUAUAACAGCACUUGUAAUAAUCUGCUCCCUGUUUUGUUAUCCAAAAAAUGCAAGGAAAGUUCCAAAAAAUUAUAUAUUAUUAUCAACAUUCACUGUAUGUGAAGGAUAUGUAGUCUCAGCUAUUUGUUGUAAUGUUGCCACUGAAUAUGAAAAUGGAAGUAUUAUAUUGUAUUUAUUAUUAGUUGAUCUAAUAUUUAUUGCAUUAUCUAUGACAGUAUUAAUGACCUUUGGUUUAACAUUAUAUGCCUGCACUACAAAAGAUGAUUUCACAAUUUGCACAGGUCUUUUAUGGUCUUUGGUUAUAUGCUUAUUUAUGCUAAUUAUUUUCUCUAUAUUGUUUCCAAGUCGUUUACUUUAAAUCCUCAUUUCAGUUUUUGCAAUAUUCCUCUAUUCAGUAUACGUCAUUGUUGAUACUCAAUUGAUUAUUGGAGAUAAGGUAUUUUGUAUUGGCAUUAUUUUUUAGAGACAUGCUUUAUAAAAAGAUGACUACAUUCUAGGAGCAAUCAUUUUAUAUGUUGACAUAGUUAUGCUAUUCAUAGAAUUAUUAAAAUUAUUAGUGAUACUAUUUGGCAAGAAAUGAGAAUGAAUUAAAUAUAUAUCAUAUAAUAAAAGAC